AUGCCGGAAAUAAAGAAUAUUGUAGUUUUACCUGGUGAUCACGUCGGUGGUGAAGUUACAGAAGAAGCCGUUAAAAUUUUAAAGGCUAUAGAGGAAGUUCGUAAUAACAAAGUAAAAUUCAAUUUUGAAUACCAUUUGAUUGGUGGUGCUGCAAUUGAUGCUACUGGUAACCCAUUGCCUGAUGAAAGUUUAGAAGCCUCUAAGCGUGCAGAUGCUGUUUUAUUGGGAGCUGUCGGUGGCCCUAAGUGGGGGACUGGAUCAGUAAGACCGGAACAAGGUUUACUAAAAAUCCGUAAAGAAUUACAGUUAUAUGCUAAUCUAAGACCUUGUAACUUUGCUUCAGAUUCAUUAUUAGAUCUUUCACCAUUGAAAGAAAAAUAUGCAAAGGGCACAGACUUCACUGUAGUGAGAGAAUUAGUUGGUGGUAUUUAUUUUGGUAAAAGAAAGGAAGACGAUGGCGAUGGCGUAGCUUGGGAUAGCGAACAAUAUUCUGUUCCAGAAGUGCAAAGAAUAACAAGAAUGGCUGCAUUUUUAGCUAUGCAACAUAAUCCACCACUGCCGAUUUGGUCGUUAGAUAAAGCAAACGUUUUAGCUUCCUCAAGACUUUGGAGAAAAACUGUUGAAGAAACUAUUCAAAAUGAAUUUCCUUCUUUAAAGGUUAGUCAUCAAUUGAUUGACUCUGCUGCCAUGAUUUUAGUGAAAAAUCCAACUCAAUUGAAUGGUAUAAUCAUUACGAACAACAUGUUUGGUGAUAUUAUUUCUGAUGAAGCUAGUGUCAUCCCAGGUUCUUUAGGACUCUUACCUUCAGCCUCGUUGUCAUCAUUACCAGAUACUAAUUCCGCGUUUGGUUUAUAUGAGCCAUGCCAUGGUUCAGCACCAGAUUUACCAAAAGGCAAAGUUAAUCCAAUUGGUACAAUUUUAUCUGUAGCCAUGAUGCUAAAGUUAUCCUUAAAUUUGAAAGAGGAAGGUAUUGCUGUCGAAGAGGCUGUAAGAAGAGUUUUAGAUAACAAUAUCAGGACUGCAGAUUUAGGAGGUUCAAAUUCAACUUCAGAUAUUGGUGACGCUGUCGCCAAAAUAGUAAAAGAAAUUUUAACCUAG